AUGGUACAUAAGGAAGCUAGGCUUGAGCAAGCUCUUCAAGCUAGAUGUAGUGAGUACUCACAACUCACCAAGGAGUUCCUCUCCACAGUAGCUCUUGCCUUUCCCAACCACAAUGGAGACCAACCAGCUGGUGAUGGACUCCUACUCUUCAAGAUAGGCGAUGCCAAUGGGCGCAUCUCCAUCUCAGCUCUAUGCCAACUCUUUGGACUUCCCAAUGAGACAGCACAUGACUUCAAGGAGAACUCAAAGAGGAAACAAGCUGCCUUUGCUGAUUGGACACACUUUGCCAAUGAACCAUUCUUGCCUUCAAGGUCAAAGGUGUCUAGAAUCACUCAUCCAGCCAUUCGCUAUGUGCACCGCCUCAUCUCCACCACUUUCCAAUGCAAACAAGAAGCCAACAAGGUCACAACUGAUGAGUUCUACAUCCUCACCACACCAUUCAUCAAGCAUGAGUACAAGGCCAACCUUGGACUUUUACUUGCCAAGACAUUCAUCAAUGUGAGGAAGCUAGCUCAAGACUUGGAAGGCAACAAGAAGCUUUGUGUUCGUUUUGGGAGGCUUAUCACGGCCAUAGUACUGCAUGUGGGGAUUGACAUUCCCAACUAUGAGCCACUACCCAAGCCAACCCCUUUGGAUCUCCAUGCUCUUCAGCACAUCCACUUCCUAAACCGUUGGACUAAAGACCCAACUCGGUUUUGCUAUGAGUUUCCAAUUGGUCCAGCCAACACUUCCCUUGUCUUGCUGCCACAUGAGACAUCCCAAGCCUACGCUCAGGUGUUGUCACUUUCCAGCCCAAUGAGGAAGACUUCUAUGUCACUUUACCUAUCUCAGCUCAGAAUGUUUCCAGUUCACAACAUCUUUCUUUUCAGUUCAUAUCUCAUCAUUUCACACUUAACAUUCGCUGCUGGCCACAGUGAAUGA